UGUGAGGCAACAACCAGCUACACAUCAUUUUAGCGAGAAAAGCGGCGAAGGGCAGGACGGAUCCCACCGCUGACAAACGCGCGGACAAACCUGCAGUUUCGAGAUAAUAGCGCUGUUUUUGGACCGACCUGUUUUUGGCGCGGAGCUCUGCCCACACGGACGCUGUCGUGUUUUCAUUCGUUUUUGCCGCGGGAUUUUCCCCCACCGUCCCAGUCUGGAUAGCAUAGAGAGACAUUUCUAACAAUAAUUGCAGCGUUACCAGCUCUUUGCACAGAUAAUAUAUGUAGAUCUCGGCUUUCUGAUGUGGUUGUGGUGCACCGUCAGUAAUUUACGCACGGUAAUGGAUCAGAUUUACCGAUAUUUCCUUUAGAUUACAUGGUGUGCGGGACAAUGACUCGGUCUGAAUGAAUGGGCUGGACGUGUUUGCUAACUUGUCUGAUCUGCUUUGGACCGACAGCUUGGCCUUUUCCUCUCCGGUGUCCCUCUCAGUUGCACGCUGAAGCCAUGUCUGCAGAUGGACGCAGCCCGUAGUAUUUCUGUGUAGUAUUUUUAUUUCUAUUAAAGUCUCCCCGUGGUCAGAAUGGGAUGCCCGAGGUCACAAGUGGCGCACGCUCAAGUUCAUUUCCUCGCUUUUAGGUUUUUGGUGCCGAUACAGAAGUGACUUUUCUCUCAUGGCAUGGUACUGUAGCAUCAUUGUCGUGUUGUGUUCAAAGUAGAGAUAAUAUGAAGAGCCUGGGACAGUGUGGUGUCCACUGUUGUUGAGGACACGCGCCUUUUCUGUAACCUGGCAACCACAGCAACCACGCGACCUUGCUGCAGGUCUGAGCCCGGGCACGCGCCAUGGAUGACUCCGGGAUCAUCCGAAGACGGAGGAUGCAGAAGGACCUACCUCUGCCUCGCAAAAGUAGCAGCUGCAGGACCAGUAACCGAAAAAGCCUCAUCCUGAGUACGUCCCCGACUCUGCCCCGGCCGCACUCUCCACUGCCUGGACACAUUGGAAGCAGUCCCCUGGACAGCCCGCGAAACUUCUCACCCAGUGGGCCUGCUCACUUUUGCUUCGCCUCCUCCAGAAGAGCCGAUGGCCGUAGAUGGUCCCUGGCCUCUCUGCCCUCCUCAGGAUAUGGCACAAACACGCCCAGUUCUACGUCUUCGAGCUCAUCACAGGAGCGGCUGCACCAGCUGCCCUUCCAGCCCACCAUGGACGAGCUGCACUUCCUGUCCAAACAUUUUGGCAGCACCGAGAGCAUCACAGACGAUGACGGACGGCGCUCACCACACGUCCGGCCGCGAUCUCGAAGCCUCAGCCCGGGGCGCUCCCCUUCCUGCUAUGACAAUGAAAUCGUGAUGAUGAACCAUGUCUACAAGGAGCGAUUCCCUAAGGCCACAGCUCAGAUGGAGGAGCGACUGGCAGAGUUCAUCAACAGCUACUCUCCAGAGAAUACCCUUCCUCUGGCCGACGGAGUCCUGAGUUUUAUUCACCACCAGAUCGCGGAGAUGUCCCGGGACUGUCUGGCCAAAUCCCGCGAAGGCCUCAUCACCAGUGUGUACUUCUGUGAACUGCAGGAAAACCUGGAGAAGCUGCUGCACGAUGCCCAUGAGCGCUCGGAGAGUUCAGAGCUGACUUUUGUAACAGAGCUGGUGAAAAAGCUUUUUAUCAUCAUUUCCAGGCCAGCCAGACUACUGGAGUGUCUAGAGUUUAAUCCAGAGGAGUUCUACCAUCUGCUGGAGGCAGCGGAGGACCAUGCCAAAGAGGGACAACUGAUGAAGGAGGACAUCCCCAGAUACAUCAUCAGCCAGCUGGGCCUGACCAGAGACCCACUGGAGGAAAUUGUGAGUCUCGACAGCUAUGACAGCGAAGGACCACACACUCCAGAGACAGAUGAUUCAACAGAGGGGAAACCAAGAGCCAUCAAGCCGCCGUCUGAGGAGGACUUUCAAACCAUCAAACUCAUCAGCAACGGGGCAUACGGAGCUGUUUACCUUGUGCGCCAUCGGGAAACACGCCAGCGAUUUGCCAUGAAGAAGAUCAACAAACAAAAUCUGAUCUUGAGGAACCAGAUCGAGCAAGCGUUUGUGGAGAGAGACAUUUUAACCUUUGCUGAAAAUCCCUUUGUCGUGUCCAUGUUCUGCUCAUUUGAAACACGCAGGCACCUAUGCAUGGUCAUGGAGUAUGUCGAAGGUGGUGAUUGUGCUACUCUGUUGAAAAACAUUGGGGCUUUGCCAGUGGAACUUGCUCGGAUGUACUUUGCUGAAACUCUUUUAGCUCUUGAAUACAUUCAUAACUAUGGCAUUGUGCACCGUGAUCUCAAACCUGACAAUCUUUUAAUCACUUCUAUGGGACACAUCAAGCUCACUGACUUUGGAUUAUCGAAGAUGGGUCUAAUGAGCUUAACCACCAACCUGUAUGAAGGCCACAUAGAAAAGGAUGCCAGAGAGUUCCUGGAUAAACAGGUGUGUGGCACUCCAGAGUACAUCGCCCCAGAGGUGAUUCUACGACAGGGAUAUGGGAAACCUGUGGACUGGUGGGCCAUGGGGAUUAUCCUUUAUGAGUUCUUGGUGGGAUGUGUGCCCUUUUUUGGAGACACCCCUGAGGAGCUGUUUGGGCAAGUAAUCACAGAUGAUAUUGUCUGGCCAAAUGGGGAUGAUGCGUUGCCUGCAGAUGCUCAGUCUCUCAUAUCUUCUCUACUACAAACCAAUCCACUUGUGAGAUUAGGGACAGGUGGGGCCAUUGAAGUGAAAGAGCAUUCGUUCUUCACUGGUUUGGAUUGGAACAGUUUACUGAGACAAAAGGCUGAAUUUGUCCCUCACCUCGAGUCAGAGGAGGACACCAGCUACUUUGACACGCGCUCAGACCGCUAUCACCACAUCAACACAUAUGAAGAGGAUGACACCAACGAUGAUGAGCCUGUGGAGAUCAGACAGUUCUCGUCAUGUAGUCCCCGAUUCAGCAAGGUUUACAGCAGUAUGGAGCAUCUUGCUCAGUUGGAGCAAAAAGCCACCAGCUCUGUCUCCCGUCGAGAGCACCGGAGCCCAAGGGAGGACCGGGUCACCAAGAGGGAGAGUCUGGGCAGCUUCAGCAUGAGAGACAAAGGCUGGAGGACAGGAUCACCUGAGAUGAAGCGUUUGUCCUAUUCAGAGUCUGUCUACAUGGAGGGUGAUGCCAGCCCACCUCUUGCUGCCCGACGGCGUUUCUCAGCUCUAAUGGACACGCACCGCUUUGCUUCCCCUCUGGAGGGAGAGUCUGAAUCAGUGACUCGCCCCAACCCCAUCAGGGUCCGUGGGACUUCUCUGGAUGGGUCAUGUGUCCCUUCGCCAAGCAUCCUAGAGCAGAGGAACAACAUGAAGGAGAUCAAUGGGGCAGACAAGACCUGUAAACAAGGAGAACCUCCAGCAACCACUACAAGUGUCAGCACACUGUCCCCUGGCCUCAGUGCCCCCGAUCGGGAUGUGAUCACACCUUUAUACGACCCUCUUGGCCCACGAGUCACCAAUGAUCUAGUGCUGCGUAGAGCACGUCAGAAGCCAUUACCAGCAGAUGGUGAAAAACGCAACUCAAGAACUGGAAACAAAGUCAUUAAGUCAGCCUCUGCAACUGCUCUGUCUGUUAUUAUACCAUCAGUGGAUCAACAUGGGGGCUUCUCUCCUUUAGCGAGUCCUAUGUCUCCUCACUCCUUCUCCUCAAACCCUUCAUCUCGGGACUCAUCUCCCAGCAGAGACUUCUUUCCGGCAGUGAGUGUGCUGCGCUCUCCCAUCACUAUCCACCGCUCGGGGAAGAAAUACGGCUUCACCCUCAGGGCUAUCAGAGUCUACAUAGGAGACAGUGACAUCUACAGUGUCCACCACAUUGUCUGGCAUGUGGAGGAUGGUGGCCCUGCUCAGGAAGCUGGUUUGUGUGCUGGUGACCUCAUCACUCACGUCAAUGGAGAGCCUGUCCAUGGUCUGGUCCACACUGAAGUGGUUGAACUUAUUCUCAAGAGUGGUAAUAAGGUGACAGUGACAACUACUCCAUUUGAAAACACCUCUAUUAAAGUGGGUCCUGCCCGUAAAGCCAGUUAUAAGUGUAAAAUGGCCAGACGAAAUAAAAAGACCAUUGGAAAAGACAGUCAAGACAGUAAAAAGCGCAGUUCUCUGUUUCGCAAGAUCACAAAACAGUCCAACCUCCUUCACACAAGCCGUAGCCUGUCGUCUCUAAACCGCUCCUUGUCCUCAAGUGAAAGUCUUCCUGGCUCUCCGACACACAGCCUGUCGGCGCGGUCACCCACUCAGGGAUACCGUUCCACCCCUGAGCCCUCCUAUCUGGGUGCGUCAUCUCAAAGCAGUUCUUCAUCAUCAAGCACGCCAAACUCCCCCGCUCCCUCUCAGCACAUGAGGCCAAGCUCUCUGCAUGGCCUGUCCCCUAAGCUGCACCGCCAGUAUCGAUCUGCCCGGUGCAAAUCUGCUGGUAAUAUUCCCCUGUCUCCUCUGGCUCACACCCCAUCUCCCACGCAAUCAUCUCCUCCUCCUCUGCCCGGUCACACUGUAGGCAGCUCCAACACUACUCAGUCUUUUCCUGUCAAACUCCACUCCUCUCCACCAGUGGUCCGACCCCGGCCCAAGAGUGCUGAGCCCCCACGAUCGCCUCUUCUUAAGCGGGUGCAGUCGGCAGAGAAACUGGGCUCACCUUUGACCCAGUCCAGUUCAACAGGGGGUCUGGGAGGUCCACUGAGGAAGCACAGUCUGGAAGUGCAGCACUCUGAGUACCGUAAGGACGCCUUUCUUUCUGAGCUCGGCCUGCAGAGUUUACUUGAGACAGAUGGAGAAAAUUUACCUCCAAAUCCCCCUGCUAUGCCCUCAUCUUCAUCUUCAUCAUCACUGCCUGAAACUGGAGUGCUUAAGCCUGUGAGGAGACUAGGCAGGCAGGAGUCCCCUCUUAGCAGGGAGACGCUCUUAGCUGAGAGCGAGAGAGGACGGGAAAGGGGGACAGAGAGAGAAUCUGAGCCAGUUUUAGAAAGACCAAGCAGACUUGGACCUGCAGGUCAAAGAAGAUCUCAGCAUGACCUGUUUUUAAUUGAACAGAACACAAGAGGACAUGUAGAUGCUACUAAAGCUGCUGGCACCCCAACCAAACCUACGGAGAUUCUAGAUGGCCAGAAAGGAUCUGUUAAAGCUCACCAGAAUCAGACAGAUUUCAUUUCAAAACUGGAACAAAGAAAAGUGUCCUAUAAUAAUGACCCAAAGGAGCACCUAAAGCAAGAAGUAAACAACAAAAGCCACUCUGGCUUAAGCUGUGCUGCCAUCAACAAGGGGUCUCCUUCUGUGGAUAAAAACAUGCUCGGAAUGAACAAAACAUUGAAAUCAUCCGGAAUGGGGGAGAGUUUGCGAAAGGAAAGUAAUGAUAUUGGUUCCAAAAGCCCCAAGCUCCAGCCGAGAGUACUGGCUCCAGUGGUCCCUCCACAUGGACAGCCCCUGUCACUAGGAAAGGUUCGUCAGGGGUUGGGGUCUGUCAACUGCUACAGAGGCACUCUCGACUGGGAGGACAAGUGUCGCCUUGAGGUGGUGGAAGAGCACUCACCUUCGCCCUCACCGUCACCGACAGCUGUCACCCCCUCCCUCUGUGGACCCUCCCUUUGUAAAUCACGACCUGUCUCCCCUGGUGACAAGACAAGCUUUGUAAGCCAGCUGACCACUGUAGCCAAAAAUGUCCUUGCACCCAUCAAACUGGGGUCCCAGGAAGGGACAAAGAGCAAAGAGCAGCAGAGUAAAGGAGCAGAAGAGAAGCAGGUGGGCACAGGGGGCAGAGGUGACUCUUCUUCAGGGGGUCGAGUCACUGUUGGGACAACAGUAGUGACCCAAAGUCCUGCCAGUUCACCUCUGGAAAAAGCUGCUACAGGAAGCAGCCCUCCUAAAAUCUGAAAACAUAGGUCUGUAAAUGCAACCUUGUUUCAACAAAUGCCUUUUUUGAACUGACGUUAAAGCACUUAUUACGCUGUACAUUCCAGUUUGAAUUUGAAAAUACUAUAUAAAUAUGCUAUUUAUUGAAUCACUGGAGGAUCUUAAAACCAGGGGGCCUAAUGUGCUCUUAGGUGCACUAACUGUACCAUUUUUAUCACAAAUGAUUAAAUGUGAGGACUCCUCCAAUGUAACAAUGGACACUUUAUCUGAUGUUUAUGUGUGUGUCUGUGAAUGCAUGACUUAUGAUACUGUACAUUUACUGAUUAAUUCAAAUGGUCAAAAGUGCUUUACUGAUCAAAACAUGCUGAAUACUGUGAAAACCAAAUCCAGUGUCUCAUUUCUUUUAGCCAGCUCUUUUCCUCUGGUAAUGACUGAAUAAAAACUAAAGUGAUGCAGCAUUAAAUGAAUAAUUUAUCCAGUUCUCAGUUAGUGGACAGUGCACCACAGUCUGUAUGUGCGUUACCUCAGGCCUUUUCUCUUGGUCGCUGAAGGCUGCGUCCGGCGUCUGGAGGAGCUGAGCUCAGAGCUUAUCUGCUCUGUGCAGGAGGCCACUAAAGCCUCUGCCUCCCUUUGCCUAAACGACUCCAGCCUCACGCUCAUACUAAUAUCCACUUAACCACAGUGCCACAGUAGGCAGCAGUGUCAGCAAUGAUUUUGAUGCAUUUAAUCCUUUCCCUGUGUGAGGAUGUGACUGGGUACAGAAAUGUGUUAGAAUAACAUUUCCUGUUAUAAUUAUAUAUUUUAAGAUUCCUUUUGGAAAUAUUAAUGACAAUUAGAUUGCUUUUGGUGGCAUUUAAAGCAGAAAUGACAUAAGCACAUACACAAUGGAAAUAUCGUGUAUUGGAAUGAGAGAAAGCAUUUUUGAAUGUAGCAUAUUUACAAGGGCUUUUGGUAGAUUUAAUAUCCUUGAGAGACAAUGACCUUACAGACGGCUGUAUUAAAUGAACAACAAUGGAAAGACUAGUAGUAUAUAGUAUUUCAGUAUAAUUUGUGUACCAAUACAAACUACAUAAGAUUUGAUUUUAUAACUCAUAAUUUUAUACUUACAGUAAUGUACAGUUGUUUUGAACUUGGCAAAAAGGUUCUCAAAAUCUGCUUUAUCUGCUUUGUUAAUAGAAUGUUUAAAUAACCUAAAAGUUGUUGCCUUCUUUGCCCGUAGAUAUUCCUCUAGUAAUCAGGCCUCACUGGAAUGUCUAAAUACACAGAAUAUUACUUAAUUACAGAUUUAAUUCCUCAAAAUUUGUUGCUAAGGCAACAGGAAGGGUUGUUAUUUUAGUAAGUAAUGUGUCUAUAGCUAAGAGGAUAUUGAGUCCAUUCAAAUACUGUAUUCAUUGGUUUAAAGAAAAAGAGAAGCCUGCAUUGACUGGUACUGUGCUGCCCCCCAGUGUCCAUUGUAGAAUUCUCUUCUGUAAACUGAUCAAACCACACACCACAAUCACUGAACUAGCCAUAAGGUCCAGAGUACAAAGUAUAAUAUUUAGAUUCUGACGACUAUGUGGAAGUUAAAGUUGGCAAUUGAACACAUAUGCUUUUUACAAUGUUGAUGUGACUGUUAACAUUAAUUAUUUACAUCAUUACUUUUAUAUUUUUUUGUAAACUGGGUCAUCUUUAAUCUGAUAAAGCAAACAGUAAAUCUUAACCACCAUGUUCACUUCAAGGCUUUUCCAGGCCUCUGUGCUCUGUACUAGUGCUAGAUGUGAAAAUAUUGUGCUUGUCAGUUCAAUUGCACUUUAUUUGGGAAAGACUUAAUUGUAAUAUGAUUAUUUACAAAUAUAAAGUGUAUAGAAAGAAACACGAAUGUCAACAUAUGAAAAAACAUUCCAUGUUUCUCUGUUCACUGAAAGUGUAUUUAUUUAUAUCA